AUGACAUAUUUAGUUUCUUCAAAUAUAAAACAAAAUAAUCCUAGUCCUAAAGAUCUACGCGGAAAACACGCAAACCGGCCUUCAAAAAUUUCUGAUCAAAUUUUAUUUCAAAUUAAAACACAUAUCCAGAGCUUUCCAAGACUUAUUUCGCACUAUAGUAGGCACGAUAAUAAUGAAAAGCGAUUUUUGUCUCCUGAACUAAGUAUCAGUAAAAUGUACAAAUUAUAUUUGGAAAAACACGAACAAGACAUUUUAGAAAAAUUAAAAAACGGGGAAAAAGUUAAACCUAUUGUGAAAUACGAGUUUUUUUCAGAUUAUUUUAAUAAGAAAUUUAAUUUGUCAUUUGGUAACCCAAAAUCUGAUACCUGCCAGACGUGUGAUCGUCUACAGAAUUUGAUAAACGCAGAAAUCGACCAAGAAAUAAAAUUAUCGCUUAUUGAAGAAAAAGAAAUGCAUAAAAAAAAAGCUGAUAUAUUUUAUUCUGAUCUUAAAAAGUUAUCCUUGGAAACAAAAGAAAAUCCUAAAAUGGACGUAUUAUCUUUCGACUACCAGCAGAAUAUGCCUCUCCCUCACGUACCAUGCGGCGACGUUUUUUACAAGAGACAAAUUUGGUCUUAUAACUUUUGUAUAUAUUCGGCAAAAAAAAACAAAGCUUAUUUUUUCAUGUAUGACGAGUCGAUUGCAAAAAAGGGCCAAAAUGAAGUGAUAAGUUUUAUUCAUUACUAUUUAGAAAAUCUACUUCAACAAGGAGUGAAAACCCUUUAUCUUUUUUCUGAUAACUGCUCUUCGCAAAAUAAAAAUAAUGCAAUAAUUCAAUACCUCUACUCUGUAAUACGGUAUAAAGCGUUUGGCUUAGAAAAUAUAACACAGAGGUAUCCUGAGCCAGGACAUAGUUUUCUUCCGUGCGAUCGUUGUUUUGGAUUAAUUGAACAAAAAAAACGAAAAAUAGAACGAGUAUUUUUGCCACAAACAUAUCAAACAAUAGUAAAAGAAACCAACCCAAACAAAUUUUACGUCAUCAACGUGACUCAAAAUAUGAUUUUAAAUUUCUCUGAGUAUUUUAAACCAUUUUUUAAAAAGUACAUUACAAACUCAAAAAAAGAUAAAUUUUCUAUUAUGUCUUAUCGCCAGAUAGAUUAUUCAAUAGACGGAUUAUUUUGCAGUAUUACUGCAAAUUCUACUGGUAAAGAGCAUUACAUACUUCAUAAAAUUGACAAUAAAAGCCCAUUUGAAAAUAUUCCAACACUGUAUCAUAGAGCACUUGAAAUUAAAGCAGCGAAGUUAAAAGACGUUCAGGAACUAGCUGUGAAAUAUGUACCAGCUGAACAUAUGUGGUUCUACAGACAAUUUGAAGACAAUACAAAUAAUAAUCCUGAUCUAUCCGAUUAUGAAUAUUGA